GGCAGAAGCAUCACUCCAACAGGAACACUAAAAGUCGUUGUCUCUCCGAAAAGGUGUCGAACAGCGAAGGCAAAACUUGAGUCAUGUGUGGGAUCUUUGCCUACCUGAAUUACCGAGUGCCUCGCACCAGAAAGGAGAUAUUUGAGACGCUGGUGAAGGGACUGCUGAGACUGGAGUACAGAGGGUACGAUUCAGCAGGCAUCGCUGUGGAUGGUCCUAGGAAGACGGCCACCGAUAACAACAACAACAACACCAUCUGCUUAAUCAAGACGAAGGGGAAGGUCAAGAAUCUGGAUGAGGAGCUUUGCAAAAAAGACUCACUGGACCUGGAUGAGGAGCUGAACACACACUUUGGCAUCGCACACACUCGCUGGGCCACACACGGAGAGCCCAGCCCUGUCAACAGCCACCCGCAUCGCUCCGACAAGACAAACGAGUUUGUCGUCGUCCACAAUGGGAUCAUCACCAACUACAAAGAGCUGAAGGCGUACCUGAUCAACAAAGGAUAUGAGUUUGAGUCAGAGACGGACACAGAGGUAAUCCCGAAGUUGACCAAAUAUGUUUACGACAACCGAGAGAAUGACAGCAUCACCUUCUCCACCGUGGUCGAGAGGGUUAUUCAGCAGCUGGAGGGGGCCUUCGCUCUGGUGUUUAAAAGCCGUCAUUUCCCUUCAGAGGUUGUGUCCACCAGGAGAGGAAGUCCACUGCUCAUUGGUGUGCGAUGCGAGCAAGAGUUGAUGACUGACAACAUCCCCAUCCAGUACAACAGUGCUCACUUCAUUGAGGGGGUCCAGGAGAAGAACAGCCAUAAUCGACCCGACAGCUCCAGCGCCAUCAACUCUGUGGGGGAUGGCAGGCCUGUGGAGUAUUACUUUGCCUCUGAUGCCAGUGCCAUCAUUGAGCACACCAACAAGGUGCUGUACCUGGAGGAUAAUGAUGUGGCAGUGGUGACCGGCGGGAAACUCUCCAUCCACAGGGUGAACCGGGAGGCUGGUGAGGAUCCAGUGAGGGCAAUCCAGACCCUGCAGAUGGAGCUGCAACAGAUCAUGAAAGGUAACUUUGAUGCCUUCAUGCAGAAGGAGAUCUUUGAGCAGCCAGAGUCCGUCGUCAACACCAUGAGAGGACGGAUCUGUUUUGACACAAGCACAGUGAUUCUUGGUGGGCUGAAGGACCACCUGAAAGAAAUCAAGCGAUGCAGACGGCUAAUUGUGAUUGGCUGUGGCACUAGCUUCCACGCUGCAGUGGCUACCAGACAGGUCCUUGAGGAGCUGACGGAGCUGUCUGUCAUGGUGGAGCUGGCAAGCGACUUCCUGGACCGAAACACGCCCGUUUUUAGAGACGACGUUUGCUUCUUCAUCAGUCAGUCAGGAGAGACAGCAGACACCUUAAUGGCACUACGCUACUGCAAGGGUCAAGGAGCUCUGACAGUUGGUAUAACCAACACUGUGGGCAGCUCCAUCUGCAGAGAAACAGACUGCGGAGUCCACGUCAAUGCUGGGCCUGAGAUAGGAGUGGCUAGCACUAAGGCCUACACCAGUCAGUUUGUGGCCCUCACCAUGUUCGGCCUCAUGAUGAGCGAGGACAGGCUCUCCCUACAGCAGAGAAGACUGGAGAUCAUCGAAGGCUUCAGGGUGCUACCUGAGCUGAUAAAGAAGGUGUUGGCUCUGGAUAUGAAGAUCAAAGCCAUUGCUGAUGAACUUUAUGAACAGAAGUCUCUCCUGGUCAUGGGCCGAGGUUUCCACUACGCCACCUGCCUUGAGGGGGCGCUGAAAAUCAAGGAGAUCACUUACAUGCACUCUGAGGGCAUCCUGGCCGGGGAGCUGAAGCACGGCCCUCUGGCACUUAUAGACAAAGACAUGCCGGUCAUCAUGAUCAUCAUGAGAGACGCCUGCUACAGCAAGUGCCAGAAUGCUCUGCAACAAGUCAUUGCCAGAUCGGGGCGGCCAAUCAUCCUUUGUUGCCAGGACGACCCUGAGAUCAAUCAGAUGGCCUACCACACCAUCGAGCUGCCGCAUACUGUGGACUGUCUGCAGGGAAUCCUCAGUGUCAUCCCCCUGCAGCUCCUGUCCUUCCACUUGGCCGUGCUGCGAGGAUUUGACGUUGACUUUCCCAGAAACUUGGCCAAAUCUGUGACCGUGGAAUAAUAACUACGCACAGCACAACAGAGGAGGAGAAAGGAGGCUCAUAGAUUUACAGUCCGAUUGUGCAAUUUGUUCUCUCUCUCUCUCUGUGUGUGUGUGUGUGUGUGUGUGUGUGUGUGUGUGUGUGUGUGUGUGUGUGUGUGUGUGUGUGUGUGUGUGUGUGUGUGUGUGUGUGUGUGUGUGUGUGUGUGUGUGUGUGUGUGUGUGUGUGUGUGUGUGUGUGUGUGUUAUAUCGGGGUGAAGUCGGGCACUUUGUAUUUGUGUGUGCAGUGAAGAGGGUGUGAGUAAGAGAAACUGACAAAUAAAAGAGUGAGGUAUGCUGUAAAAUGACAAAAAAAAUAAAAAUUGAGAAAUGUGAAGUCUAAAUCUGACCAAUAAAUAUACUGCUGAGGACGUGCCAUUGAGGCUUUCUCGGAACAUUCUAUGAAAACAAUAUUCACACAUCCAAAGAAAUCAACCCGGUGUGCCUUUUUCUUAUCUCGAGAUGAGCCAAAAAAACACAUACUACAGACUUAGCAGAAAGGCAUUGAAAUGGUGUAUUGAAGUGUUUACAGUUGUGCAAUAUGUUGACCAAAUGUGCAUUAUGCAUGCACACAGUCAUGAGUGAGGUUGAUUUAUUCUCUUUCUGUCUUUUUGGUUUUCUUAUGUACCUCUCUUUGAAUACUGGGAAAUGUAGGAAUGAAACUCUUUUAUUCCAGCGAGUUCGCUAAAUUAUGAAAAUCUCUUUCUUUUUUUUUCUUUUUUUUUUUACAGUGCUGCACAUUUAUGCCAUCACUGUUCCUGGUGAGCCAUUAGCCCAUAACUCUAAUAUUUUUAGCAGUUACCGGAGGGAAAUUUCUCGAUCUGAAUUACGCACUAUUUCUUGAUCCUUUUGUUAUGUUUCUGCUCCAUUUGACUGUUAUUUCAUUUUAAUUUAAAUAUAUUGUAUUGCUAUUCCGUUUAACAGAAUUGCAGUUUCCAAAGACAGUUCAUUGUAGAACAUGACCCUUUUUUUCCUUACUUUCCUUUUACUUAUUGUUGUCAUGGUUUGUUUCCCUUACACAUACAGUACAUGAUAUUAAUCAUAAAUAGCACUCAUGCAGCAAAAAAUAAUGUACCAUGUCUUUCAAUAAAAAAAAUUUGUAUGGGUUUAUAAUAAUAAUAUUCUGUAUUUAUCUGAUUUUAUUUUAUAAGGGCUUAGAAGGGUUUGAUUAUCAUCUUUACUGUGAUUGUAUUUUAUACUUUGUGGUUUAUAGACAUAAGGCACUAUCAAUCAAUAAAUAGAU